UAAAGUUUACUUUGACCCCGAUAUCAUCCCCUUCAGAAGGCUCAAAGUUCAGCGUGAAAGUCCAGCGUAGCAAUGUUAUUUAUAAGAAACAUUUUUAAGAAGACUGGUGCCAUUUAUGUCAGUCCGUUUCAACAACGAGGUUUCACAGACUUCUAAUGGAGACAAAUUUGAGGAGAAUCAUUAUUACAAAAUAUACUACAGCAAACGUGUAAUUGGUCGGAAAGUCUAUAACUGUAAAGACUUCUUUUUUGUUGUUGUUGUUUUUGCAGAUUUUAUAAAACGAGAAAGUGAAAUUAAAUUAUUGGCUGUAAGAAGCCAUUACGGGGUGCAAGGCUGAGGAAAAGAGCAUACUGAAAUGGCUUCCAGAUCGUUUUUCCCUGAACAAGACAUCAUCUGUCCUGUGUGCAUGGACAUCUUCACAGACCCCGUCUUACUAAAAUGCAGCCACAGCUUCUGUAAAGCCUGUCUGCACAAGUGUUGGGAGGAGAACAAGGCAGGAGAAUGUCCGAUUUGCAGGGCGAAAACUACGGAGGACCCGACUUGUAAUCGGGUCUUGAAGAACCUGUGUGAGACCUUCUUAAAAAACAGGACUAAGAAACUAGCUUCUGCGUCCGAAUCACUCUGCAGUCUCCACGGCGAGAGGCUCAAGCUCUUCUGUCUGAACGACGAGGAGCCGAUCUGCCUCAUCUGUCAAACUUCAGAGAAGCACGAAAACCACAAACUGCGACCCGUAAAGGAAGCGGUGUCGAAAUAUAAGGAGGAGCUGGAGACAGUGCUGAGGCCCCUACAGGACAAGCUGCAGGCCUUUACUAAAGAGAAACAGAAGAGUGACCGAGAGGCUGAGAUCAUCAAGAGUGAGGCUGAGUACAUCGUGAUACUGAUACGAGAGCAAUUUGAGAUACUUCACCAGUUUCUGAGAGACGACGAGGCGGCCAGGAUCGCUGCGCUGAGGGAGGAAGAGGAGGAGAAGAGCCAGAGGAUGAAGGAGAGGGGUGAAAAAAUGACAAAAGAGAUUUCAUCCCUGACAGAAGCGAUCAGAGCCUUAGAGCAGGAGAUGAGGGCUGAUGAUAUCUCUUUCCUGCAGAACUACAAGGCUACAAAGAGAAGAGACCAGUACGAGGUGUCCGAUCUAGAGGUGUCAGGAGAGCGUAUCGAUGUGGCCAAACACCUGGGCAACCUGAAGUGCAGGGUGUGGGAGAGGAUGCAGGGGAUUGUUCAGUACAACAUGCAGCCUGAAACAGAGGAGCUCAGCGCCCCCCCUAAAGAGCUCUAUGAGACCGUUCCAGUGGCAGCCCGCGCCUACAGAGAACUCCCCCCGGUGCCAGGGAGUGCUCAGCAUCUUGGGUACAGACGGGCCUGCAGCAGUGACAAUAAAAAGAAGAAGCCCACCCUGCUCCAGCUCAUUCGCACCCGGGUACAAGGAAACCCAAAGACAGACAAGCAGGCCAAGGAGGACAACGAUGACCAGAACAUCUGCGCCAGGGCGAUAUACGACUACCAGACAGCGGAUGAUACAGAGCUCUCCUUUGAUACCGGUGACAUCAUCACGGGCAUUUCGAUGAUUAACGAGGGCUGGUGGCAGGGCUACAGCUCAGAUGGGAGCUAUGGACUGUUCCCGGCCAAUCACGUGGAGCUUGUCUAAGCCCCGCCCCCGCCCACUCACUGCUUCCUCAUGUCAGAACCGGGCUGCUCCAACUAGGACUUCAACUACCGACGCAGGGGACCAGCUGUAACUCGGAAAACGGGCCAACAAUAGUGAAGAGCGAACCCAUGUCCUAGAAACCGUGUUUCUCCUAGAAAGGGGUGCAUGUGGGGGGGGCUUGUGGUGUACAAUGUGUGCUAUGUAAAAAGUUGUGUAAGUCGCUCUGGAUAAGAGUAUCUGCUAAAUGCCUGUAAUGUAAUGUGUACGUGCUGGUGACAGCGUACAUUUCAAAAAUACGCUGCGGUAAUUUACUAAAGACCACAGUAUACUGAAAUCUUCAUUGUGCCUAAGU